GGAUCUCCUGGGCAGUCCCUCUUCCCAGCGGCGCUGUCGGGGGAGGGGGGGAGGAGAAGGGAGGAAGUUGCAUUGAUUAUUUUCGCUGCUGCUCCGCUUUCCCGGAUUCCCACACGCCGAGGCGCUUUGCAAACCUGGAUUAUUAUGCACGGAAAGUCGCCCCCUCCCUCUAAGGAGCCAACCCGUGCGGGCAGCCAGCCCUGGCGCUUGCUUGCAAUUGUGCCUUAACUUGCGCUGGUGCGGGGGGAGGGGAGCUGAGCUGUUUUUCUUGCGUUUGAUUCCCCCCCUUCCCUCCCUCCUUCUUCUUUUCUUUGGAGGGGAAACGGAUCAUCUGGGAUUUCCACCUCCUGCAAGGCAAGCUUGCCCCGGCCGCUGGAUUGUCUCUGUUUCCAGGGUGGGGGUGGGUGGGGGGGAGAAGCCAAUAGUCUGCGAAGAACUGUUUGGCUUGGCUUUGCAUUAUUGUUUGGAGUCCCAGUCCGGCUUGAGUGUGCCUUCUUCAUUGCCCAUCUCUCUCCCCCACGCUUUUGGAAAUUGGGAUGCUACCAACCGAGUUUCGGGCGACGCUGACUUUUGGCUCCGUGGGCUCGUGAUCCUGGAAGUGGACUGAAGACGUCGCUGCAACAAUUCACCUUGAAGGAAUUGUCAGUUCCACCCUCUUUUUAAAGACCUGGGAUCUAAAGAAAAGUGGGGACGAACUCCCUAGGAGUGCAGGGCAACAACACCAUGUCUGCUAAAGAUAAUCCCUGCCGGAAAUUUCAAGCCAACAUUUUUAAUAAAAGCAAAUGUCAGAAUUGCUUUAAACCCCGAGAAUCCCAUUUGCUCAAUGAUGAAGAUUUAAACCAGGCAAAGCCUGUCUAUGGCGGUUGGCUGCUGCUGGCACCAGAAGGGACGGACUUUGACAACCCUGUGCACCGUUCCCGGAAAUGGCAGCGCCGGUUCUUCAUCCUCUAUGAACAUGGCCUCCUGCGCUACGCCCUGGACGAGAUGCCCACGACCCUUCCCCAGGGCACCAUCAACAUGAACCAGUGCACGGAUGUUGUGGAUGGGGAGAGCCGGACGGGGCAGAAGUUCUCCCUCUGCAUCCUGACCCCUGAGAAGGAGCACUUCAUCCGAGCCGAGAACAAGGAGAUCAUCAGCGGGUGGCUGGAGAUGUUGAUCGUCUACCCAAGGACAAACAAGCAGAACCAGAAGAAGAAGAGGAAGGUAGAACCCCCAACCCCACAGGAACCUGGCCCCGCUAAGAUGGCUGUCACCAGUAGCAACAUUCCUAAUGCAGAGAAGGUCCCCACAACUAAGUCCACAUUGUGGCAAGAAGAAAUGAGGGGCAAAGAUCAACUGGAUGGGAGUAGUAGCAUCAGCCCAGCCCAGAGCCCCAUGCAGAGCCAGGCCAUGCCUGCCAGCUCCUUGAAGGAACCUGUGAUGGAAAGCAAAGAAGAUGAGAGCGCAAUGAAUGGCGACCGGAUAGACUGCGGGCGGAAGGCGCGUGUUGAGAGCGGUUACUUUUCCUUGGAAAAGACCAAGCAAGACUCGAAGUUGGAAGAGCAACAGUUGCCACCUCCACCAUCCCCACCCAGCCCCAGCACUCCAAACAACAGACGGUCCCAGGUAAUUGAAAAAUUUGAGGCAUUAGAUAUAGAGAAUGCAGAACAUAUGGAAACCAAUGCAUCCGCAGGCCCCUCCCUUUCCAGCGAGACACGUCAGGGCAGGAGCGAGAAGAGGGUUUUCCCCAGGAAACGGGACCUCACCUCAGAAACUGCAGCAGUAGGAUCCAUCCUGGAAGUCUCCUCUUCCCCUUUGUCUCCACACCGUAGAGCAAAAUCACUGGAUAGAAGGUCCACUGAGUCCUCCAUGACGCCUGCUCUGCUGAAAUCAAAGCAGUACGAAGAUGGGCAGUGGAAGAAACACUGGUUUGUGCUGACGGAUCAGAGCCUCAGAUACUACAGGGACUCCGUGGCAGAGGAGGCAGCUGAUCUGGAUGGAGAAAUUGAUUUGUCUACGUGCUAUGACGUAACUGAAUAUCCAGUUCAGCGAAACUAUGGCUUCCAGAUCCAUACAAAAGAAGGAGAAUUCACCCUCUCUGCCAUGACCUCUGGGAUUCGACGAAACUGGAUCCAGACAAUCAUGAAGCAUGUUCGCCCCACUACCGCUCCAGAUGUGACCAGCUCCUUGCCAGAAGAGAAAAGCAAAACCAGCUCUUCCUUUGAGACCUGUCCAAAGCCAAAUGAGAAGCAGGACUUGGACCCAGCUGAGAUGGACCCUGAGCAGAAGCGGAGCCGUGCCCGGGAGCGCCGGCGAGAGGGGCGCUCCAAAACCUUUGACUGGGCUGAGUUCCGCCCCAUUCAGCAAGCCUUGGCGCAGGAAAGAGCCAUUGCGGCAGAGUCCUCGAAGAGCAGCUCCGCAGCCUUCCCCAGGGAACACAGCACUUCGGACACAGACCCCGGGGAGCUGGAACGGGAGCGUGCUCGGCGGAGAGAGGAGAGACGCAAGCGCUUUGAGAUGAUCGAUGCUGUUGAUGGGGCAGGCCCAGAGGACAUGUUGAGGAUGGAGGUGGACAGGAUCCCGGGCCUGCCCCUCACGGGGGAGGUGAAGCCACAGAAUGUUCAUGUGGAGAUUGAGCAGCGAUGGCACCAGGUGGAGACGACCCCUCUGCGUGAGGAGAAGCAAAUCCCCAUCAUGCCCCUGCACCUGGCUCACCCAGAUGACAGAGAUGAAGGGCUCCACAAGCAGCAGCUAACCUCGCUGUUGGAGAAGGAGUUGGAGCAGAGUCAGAAGGAGGCGUCGGACCUCCUGGAGCAGAACCGGGUCCUGCAGGACCAGCUGAAGGUGGCCCUGGGCAGAGAGCAGAGUGCCAGGGAAGGUUACGUGUUGCAGGCGACAUGUGAACGAGGGUUUGCAGCCAUGGAAGAGACACAUCAGAAGAAGAUUGAGGAUCUGCAGAGGCAACACCAACGGGAACUGGAGAAACUGCGGGAGGAGAAAGAUCGCCUGCUAGCAGAAGAAACAGCCGCUACCAUCUCCGCCAUCGAAGCCAUGAAAAACGCUCACCGUGAGGAGCUGGAGAGGGAGCUGGAGAAAACCCAGCGCUCCCAGAUCAGCAGUGACAACUCGGACAUUGAGGCCCUCAGGAAGCAGUACUUGGAGGAGCUGCAGUCGGUCCAGCGGGAACUGGAAGUCCUUUCAGAGCAGUACUCCCAGAAGUGCUUGGAGAACGCUCACUUGGCCCAGGCCCUGGAGGCUGAGAGGCAGGCCCUCCGCCAGUGCCAGCGAGAGAACCAGGAGCUCAACGCACACAAUCAGGAGCUGAAUAACCGCCUAGCUGUGGAGAUCACACGGUUACGGACUGGGGAGGGCGGGGGAGAGGGUGCUGGCUCACCUCUCACGCAGGGCAAGGAUGCCUAUGAGUUGGAGGUAAGUGCCCUGGUCCCUUUACUAGAAAUUCAGUAUCUGAAGCAGGAGAUCAGCUCCCUCAAGGAUGAACUGCAGACUGCACUGAGGGAUAAGAAAUAUGCCAGUGACAAGUACAAAGACAUCUACACGGAGCUGAGCAUCGUGAAGGCCAAGGCAGACUGCGACAUCAGCAGGUUGAAAGAGCAGCUAAAGGCAGCCACCGAAGCACUGGGCGAGAAAUCCCCUGAGAAUACCACUGUGUCGGGAUAUGACAUCAUGAAAUCAAAAAGCAACCCCGACUUCUUGAAGAAAGACCGAUCCAGUGUUAGCCGGCAACUAAGGAAUAUCAGGUCAAAGAGUCUGAAGGAAGGCCUGACCGUGCAAGAACGCUUGAAACUCUUUGAAUCCAGGGACUUGAAGAAAGACUAGUUCUCCCCUUCAGCUUGAACACACGCACCUCCCAGCUUGCGAUCGCACAGCCUGAGCACCGCCUGUUCCUAGUUCCUUAUGAUCCUCGCUGUUCGUCUCCAUGCUCCCAGACUAAGUGUGACUGGCGGGGCUUCCUGCCCCUGCCACCUUGACUCCACAGCUCCUUUGUCCGCAUCGUGAGAUGCUUCAGCGACUCUGCGAGGGAGAGGAAGGAUGGAGUUCUACCCUCUCUGGCUCCUUCUUUCACUGUAAACCGUUACACUAAGUGUCAGUAUUAAGGCUCAGCUGCCUAUUGAUAAGCUAGCUCUGUCAUACCAACUGCUUUGGUUUAAAAACGGCCUAGCUGGUGCAGGCCAGACCUAGCUCUGCUGUUGUCGAGUGGCCUGGUGCUAAGUCAUACACCAUGAGCCAGUCCUCUGAGCGUGAAUUCCUUGCUCCUGCAGGGAAGAGCUUGUGGUCAAAACAUCAGGAAAGGCAAGUCAGUUUGUGUUGUAAAGCAGCCCCAUCCAUCAGGCACGUGCUUGGGUCACCGCACCAACAACCCGACAGCUGCCAGAGAAAAAUGAGGGGAGUCUGCUGUGAGGGUGGCUAGGGUUCUUGCUUUCAGUCUGUUACAGCCAGAGGAGAUUUAAAAAAUAUCCACCCCUAAGACCCAUAUCUCCCCUCCCCCACACACACACCCUUUCCUCUCGUCCUAUCAUACCUGUGCCGUGAGUGAUAUGCUUCCAUGGACUGGACUGCAGGGCCUGUCUGCUCAAAUCCAGCCACACUCUGCUGCUUCCCAUCAACCGCUGUGUGUGAGAAUGCUUCCCUUUCCCCAGUCUGAGGACAGAUACUGAGUGGAAGACAGAGCCCACGCUGGCUGGGAAUAUACAGUUCAAAGGCUGCUCCCUUUUCAUCAGCUCCCUGAAUGCAGCUGAUCUGACCAGCCCACAACUCCAAGGUCCAUACUCUUAUCUAUGGCUACAUUUUACUUUUAGCUCCUCUCCACACUAAGAGCUUCCGAACUCCUCUGCUCUCCAGACCAUCCAUAUUGCUGCUACCCGGGACAUCUUCCUGCCUGCUCCUACCUCCAGAAUGAGGAUCACAUUUAAAAGCUGGUUUAGCAGCACUGCCAGCACGAAGCCAGUGGUGUGAAGAAAAAAGUGAGGAGGAGGGGAGGGAUUGAGGGAGCCCAGCAGUGGUGGUGCAGCAUUGUACUAGUGUGGCAGGGCCGAGGGGAGGUGGAAUCUCUCAGCUCUCCAGUGGCCAUGCUGGCAACAGCAUCCAUGUAAUCUCUUCUCUAUGCAGCGCCUUGGUUCUGUGCCCUGCGUGACUAAUUGACAAGACAACUCCUGCCUCAAAUCUGAAACUAAGGCCUGUUCCAACACAAGUGGUUUCUAUCCUAGCAUGGCUACAUAGCGUGGACAGGCCUAAAUCACAUUGGACAAUGCCCUUGACUCUUUAGGGAGCUAGGCUACUGCCUCUCUCCAAUCAUGUCUACUCUCAGUUCCUCGCUAGCUGUAUUUGGUUGGCCAGGUUGGUUAAGGGAAAAAACUCCUUGAGAGCCUUGCGCAGCACUUCGCUGAAAGCCUCUGCCCCAGGAAUGCUCUGUGUAGUCUGGAAAGCUUUGUUUACAAAGGGCCAUUUGGAGCUCUCUUGUGCAGCUCAGCAGCCAUGCCUGACCCUGGCAGCAUGCAAGGCCAAUGGGUGAGUUUCCAGCCAGCUUUGAUAGUGAUUGGACUAUCCAAAAACCACACCUCACUUUUCUUUGUGACUCUGGAACCAUUGGCUAAAAUGGGUUUGAAACUCAUUUCCAGUCUUUCCCAUCAGCCACUCAUGUUGCCGUUGGUAGGUCUCUUGGCCGUCAGUAGGCCUUCAGCAUUCUUGUUGAGAAGAGUUGCUUGCAUAUCCCACAGAUACCUGGAAAGCACAGUGAAUUCUCAGUGGUUGCCUGGGCACUGGUUAAAUAAGUCCACUUCUCUGUCUCCCUCUGGCCUCUGGGCUUCUUGCUCCCAGUGAACUCGUUGUGGCAGCUGUGUUCACCUCUUUUGGUUAUGAACAGUUACUUUAAGGGGGAGAAAUGAAGGCUGCCCAGCUUGUUUCCAUGUAGAGUUGCUGAGCUCAUUAUCCCAGCGCUGGCCUCAGAAUCCAUCCAGGGCUGCACUGCUCACAUUACUCUAGUGGUUCUCUUGGUGAUGCUAAUGGGUCCCUCCAACAGCCCUGACAUGGGGCCUGCCUUCCAGUCAAGGAGGACUAGAUAUGACUCUCCCACAGUGGUUUUUAAUCAGCCAGAGGGGACACUGUUUAGUCACAGGAGGCAUGCCCUCCCUGGCCUCAAAUUCUCACCCACCCUGCAUGGCCUGAGCAUGCAGCUCAGUUAGUCUGCACAUUCUGUUCCUGAAAGAUGAUAAACUGCCCGAUUCAGCUCACACUUAUCCCUGGGGCUCCGUCAGCUUCAGGGUUUCUCAUUCUCAUCCUUGUAAGAUCAAAGCCAGGCCCAGGUUGCACAUGAUGCCACGCUCUGAUGGAGGUGGAGGAAGGUUUCCCAUAGGAGAAUGUAGCUCCCACCGGUCUAAAGCAGCCAGGGGCAGUAUAGCCUUUGGGCCGAACUCAAGCCCCAUAGGCUGUGAGGAGAUGUGCCUUGCAGUCUAGUGGGGAUGUUGGUGCUGUGAUUGUAUCUGACUGUAGAGGUGGGUUUGCUUACUGGUGUGAUCCAUAUAUCAUGUAUGUACCUUCACAUACUGAAGAGGUCACCUAGGAGAGCCAACUUGCUCUAUUUCUGACCUUUCCUGGUCCUCUCGAACAACCACCAAAAGAAAACAUCCCUUUGUUCUUAUCGCAGCCUGGUUGGGAGUGGAGGGUGUAGGCUCCCAACCCUGAGUUCUCCCCUUAGAUGGUAGAAACUGGGGAACACAGGCACAGAUAGCGUGAAGUCCUUCAGUGCUGGGAUUUCUCCUCCUUCACUUCACGUGAAUCGACUGAAACGAGACAUUUCCAAGGGGAACACAAGCUGGGCUGUGUCCUCCUAGAGCCCCAUGAGGGCUUCUUACAGUUGAGCCAUCUGAAUAAGGUGUGCUCUCUUUUCCUGUUGGAAAAGCCAUUGCCCCCCACGCACACCCACCCCUCUGGGACCUGAGCUGCUUUGAUACCCAAUGAACAAAUUAUGGCUGCUGUGUUCACUUCUUUUGGUUACGAUGGGUUACUGUGGGGGCGAGAAAUGAAGGUUGCACAGCUUUUCUCCAUGUAGAAUUGCAUGCCGGUGGGAUGAAGGUGACAGGAUGGUGCUAGACAUAGCCAUGGCCUGGUGCUCUUUGUGGUACAGCUUUAUUGCACUGAGCCUCAAGGGGAUCCUGAUAGAGAUGGUGCCAGGGGGUUGGAGCCAUCUUUUUCUAUGCUGUUCACUUCCCUACUCCAGCCACUUUUCUCUUGAGGGUCCAGCCUUUUUGCUUGGAACAAGUACUCUCCAUUUUUUUUUACCUCUGCAUCUGUCAAGAUCCUGAUUUCAUGCUAGAAAAGGAUCAUUAGAGGAGGAAGUGUCCAGUGUCACCACACAGCUGUAGAUACCAUUAGGUUGCUGCUACAAUGGCAUGAUGUGGUGCAGAGCUGGCUUGGAGGAAGGGUUGCAGCAUGCUGAUGGACAGCUUGGUAGUGUUUUGAACCAUGCAUAUUGACCUGGGUGUUCUAGUAGAGGUGGAGAAGGAACACUAGUUGAAAUGAGGGCUAUUUUUUCCAUCUUUUAAUCCAGCCAGUGUACAUGGGUGAGGACAUGAGGAAAGGCACUGUGGUAUGUUUGCGAAGUGGGAGCACUUAGUAUAAAAGGAGAGCAGGGAGAGAAGCAUGUAAAGCAGUGGAAUAGCAAGCCAUAUGAGGUGGUCUUGAAAUGGCAGAUCCAGUGGUUACUCUGAACUGUUUUCUGUUUGUGCUCUGAUCCCAUAAUUAUCCUAUAAAGAUGCUACCUGGGGCAGUGAGAGGGAGGUGGUUCAGGUUUGUCUUCUGCUAUACCGACUCCCAAAGACUGGGGCUAAGGACACCGCUUAGACAGAGAAUCUUAGAUUUGAUGCAUUUCUUAGACCAUUAUCCUUUCUCAUGUGUACAUACCCCAAGCAAAAAACUAAUUAGGGAAGCUUUGAGUAGCUUAUGUCAGUUUCUUCCCUUGAGGAGUGCACAGUUCUGAGAAAAUCCUGGGACCUGGAUAUGAUGGAUGAAACACUUACAGUCAUAGGCUUAAGCAAGAUGUUUGUUCAGGUUAGCUGGGAUUCUUUUUCUUUAAGGCUCAUAUCUAUUUCCUACCUUACUGCAAACACCAAUCAUCCUGUGACCUCCAUCUUAUUGAAUCAGUGGAUCUGCUUGAAAGGAUUUGCUUCCAGGUGUGCCAGAAAUAAAGGAUAAGCAGAAUCUGAACUCGUGGGAGUGGAUCUGUCAGUAAAGGAUUGGUACUGGGGCAUCUUCAGAUAAUGCCUCUUGGUCCCCCCUUUCUGGACCUUCAUACUACCCUUAAAAGCUAACUAGACAUUCAGUUUUACAGGAUGAACUAGAGCCAGAGGUACCAGCUGUAGCCAAAACAAAAUUCCAGUGUUACAGGUUGCUCUGGAGAGGACAUACACACCUUGUAUAGAGGGGUGAUGAUUAGAACCACCCUUUGGUAAAUAUUUGUAAAGCUUCUAUGAAUUUCUAACAGGCCAAAGAGGUAUUGUUUUGCUGAACUUGCUCUCAAAUUAUUUAACACCUAAACAAAUGGUCUUGUACAAAUGUGGGGGGCGUAUAGUCUCUCUCUCUCUCUCUCUCUCACCAAGAGUGGGUGAGUUCUGAAACGGCUAUCUCCAGAGAAGGAUGAAGGCUUUGUUUUUAUUGUUUCUCUGCUGUGUGGGGGGUAUGCUCUUUAAAGUCAGGUGUUCGAGGGGGCAUCAGAGCAGCCUGCUCUGUGCAGUUUUUCCAUCCAUUCAGACUGCAGUACUCUCAGCUGGAAUGAUUCAAAUACAUCCACAUUGCAAUAACUGAGAUUUCCAGAGGUCAUGAACAAAAACCGUGGUGCAAGCAUGCCUUUCUGCUCUGAUGUGCUAGCAUAGGCCUCAUUGCAGUUUCUUCCCUUCCUAUAGUUUUGAUGGGCACCUACUUGAACUGUCAGGGGCCCUCCUCCAAGCAUUAGGCAGCAUGUUCACCUCCACUCAACCCCCCAAGUAAGCACAGAUCUACCUUCAAAUGCACAGAUUAAAAAAUCGCAGAAGUCUUAGCUGAGUACAAGGUUCUGUGUUUCACUUCAGUUUUGCCUUCUGCUGCAGGUUUCAUCUUUCUCCAUGAGGCUAAAAAUCAGUCCAGUCUGACACACACUGAUGAGGGUGAGGGACAUAGUAAGAGAAACCUCCCCCACAACUCUUUGCCCAAGACUGAUUCAAUCUGCAUCUUCCAAUAUGUGAAAGACACAAAGCAGAGUAUUUUGCAAGUCACUUUUCCCCUGGUUAUGUUCCAGGUAUCCUCCAUACAUGACAGAGCAAAUUGGCAUGGUAGCUGUCAUGCUUGCAGUGCUCCUAAAGGACACAAUAUAUAGUGUGUGGAAAAAUAUAUAUUUGCAAGCAACUGCAUUUUACACAGUCCUACACUAUGAAAAGUACCAGAAUGUGAGGUCUAGUAAAACCAAGUUCUAAAGAGCUAUAGAAAUGUAUGCGCCUUCUAACUGUUUCCAAAGUUUUGUCUUUUGUGGAGAAAUUUUCUGGCAUUUUUUUUCUUCUGGAAACAAUUAGAUUGUCAUUUUUAACUGUGAUUUUUCCCUCCCCCCCAUCCAUCUAAGAGAGGGAGCAAUUUUUUCCCAUUUGCUUCAAAAGCAGAAUUUGUGCUGAUGUGCAAAACACAACAAGGCUAUUUUUCUGUAACAAGUUGAAUGGAGUGCAUUUAAGCAGUCCUAAGCAUUGUAAAAUGUCACUUUUGUAAUGAUUAUAUACUUGAUUGGAAUUCCACUAGACCUUUGCAUUUUUGUGAUUCAUAUACAGUACUUAGUUUGUUGUGAACACUUAAGCACAUGCACGCUCAGUGUAGCUUGCCUUUACUUUGUAAUUUUUUCCAUUUUUUAAAAAAAGCUUUGUUAUUCUCUUUAAAAUAAUUUAAAACCUGUAUAGUAUUCAAAGCACGCAAUGUAAAUAUUUAUUACUCAGAAGUUAGCGGAGGGUUUUUGUGUGUGUGACUAAGUUGUUUUUGUUUUUUAAAAUCUUGUUCUAAUUCAGAUGUCCCUUUUGGGGUUGGAAGAGAUUUGAGUGUAAAAUGUUGAACCUAUCCUGUGUCCUCUGAUUAGAAUGUUUUUUGAUGACUGUUAUAAAUAUAUUUUAAAAUUCUGACCUGUACCUUUAGAGCUUUGAAGAUACUUGUCCAAAGAAUGUGUCCAGUCUGUUUGAGAACUGUAACUCUAAAGCGCUAUAAAUUGUUUUUUCCAUUGAGAA